AUGGCAAAGCCUCAGCGUCUACUAUCCCCUGAAAAUUGCGAGCUCUUCAAUCAAAACCUAGACGACAGGCCAACAGGUGUAACCGUCGACGUCCCUCUCCAAAUCAGGGUUGAGUCGGGGCAGGGCGCUUUCGAGACGCGCCUUGCCGCGCACACUCGCUUCAAAUUCUCACUUGCAACCCCUUUGCUUGCGCGUAGCCUAAAUCUCAAAACGCUACCGCUAUCUCCAAGUCAACGCCGUCACAUGUACGAAACGCCGUUUGGUCUCAUGAGCUUCAAUUCUUUCGUUCAUCUGUCCGUCCAAGCUCCGGAAGCAGGCAUCCCCUGCAUGACUGUCAACGUUUUAGUACUCGAAAAUGACCACCAAUGGCGCAAUGUCGACCUUUUUCUUGGUCAGAACUUUCGCACAAAAGCUAUAAAUGCCAUAGCAUCACCAAAUGUUUCCUCAUGUCAGAGCCUAAAAGACCAACAGCAGGUGCAAGGUGCCAGCCAUGUAGCGGUCACUUCUCAGAUGCGUACGCCAGCGAUCGUCCCAAAACCCUUGCCAACAACCCCAGAAGCUUCGACGGGUUUGAUGGGAAUAAGUAACCAGCGCUCAAGUCAGCCAAAUCAAAGUAGCCUGGAAGCCCAUUGCAUCUUGGAUGAUGAUCAAAUGUCCGCGUUUGUCACCCCACCAACAUCCCUUAAAGAGGCGCAACACAACAGGGGCUUGAUAUCAGAGCCUCCGAAAGAGACUCCAUCGCGUAUGAUGCCAAUUGGCGACUCAAGCAGCAGUACCGGAGCUGAAGAAGCAGAGCUAUCCUCUGGUUUGGAACAUACGCUGGCUCAGUUGACUGGGAGAAGUGAACCGCUGAUGUGCCUCAUCUCAGAGAUUAGGCACUCCAGUCCUGUCAAGAUGGUCAUGAGAACAAGUUGCAAGACUUCCUGGACGGAUCAUGUCAAAUUUGCCUUGGAAGAGUUGACAAAACACCGAUGGACCUGGUGGCCAUUCACACCCCCAAAACAACCACCGAAAGACAACGAAUGCCAGUUGGAAUGGACGUGUGUAGGUGGACUUUCUGAUCGUAUUCAGACCUCGGGACUCUGA